AUGGAUGAAGAGUCAAUUACCGCCUUUCCACUGGAUGGCACGGUCGAAAGCCAACCCAACAUGUCCGAGACUGUGCAACUGGACCCUGAAGGGGACGCGGUCCUCAGCAUCAAGGGCUCAGACGGCGACAAGAGUUACCUUGUCUCUUCCAGAGUUCUCAGCUUGGCAUCGCCAGUCUUUUCCAAAAUGUUCGGCCCCAACUUCAAGGAGGGACAAGAGAUUCGACGAGGAGACUGCCCCCGCAUCAGCCUGGAAGAAGACGAUCCCGAGGCAAUGGGGUUGAUCCUUAGUAUCCUCCAUUACAAGUGUGCACAAGUCCCCUUGGCAAUGGAACCGAAAGAACUCGCGACACUUGCGAUGCAUGCCGACAAGUACUACUGCAACGAAGCUCUCAGGCCAUGGGCCUCUCAGUGGUGCAGUAACAUGAAAGAAGUCACCGCGCCUGAAGACCAUGGCUUUAUGUUGCUUGCUGCAUACAUGUUCCGUUCGCCGAGCUUCUCCGAGAUAGCCUCAAGGGCUGUGAGACAGCUAACGCCAAACUUUGCUUCCAUCUGGGAAAAGCAUGAGGAACUGGCACUCCUGCCAGAAACAAUCACGGAUACACUGUCUGAUCAAAUCGCUGGCGGGCUAAGGGAACUGCACCAAUUGCUCCAGAGUACAGAAGUGCGACUACGGGAACAAAAGGCCUGCCAUUCAAUGUAUGGCCUGAUCUGCAGCCGCUGUGGCAGAACGCUUCCGGGCGAGGCAAAGAAAUGCCAUCCAUGCUGCAAUACCGACUUAUUAACAAAAACCUGUACCAGCGACCACAGAGUGGCGGAAUAUUUCGAGACUUUAACUCGUUGUGAGCUGUGGCCUUCUUUGAAACCAUUCACCGCAACAGAUCUGUCGGGUAUUCAGGAGCGUUUCCAAUACGCCCGGGGAGACCACAAACAUCUGUGUGGAGCGGGGGAGACUUGUCCUCUCGUACGAGUGGAAGUACACGAUGCCAUCACUGAGCUAGUACAUCAUGUUCUUUGUAUCCUGCUUAAUUUCCAGUAA